GGACGUCUCGGGUGACGUCACGGGGGCGCCGCAGGCCGGGGGCGGUUGGGAGUUUGGAGCAAACAGCGCGCGACGAUGGCGGCCGCCGAUGCAGCUUUGGGGUCAUUGGUAACGGGUCUGUACGACGUGCAGGCUUUCAAGUUUGGGAACUUCGUGCUGAAGAGCGGGCUCUCUUCCCCCGUCUACAUCGAUCUGCGGGGCAUCGUGUCUCGACCGCGUCUUCUGAGUCAGAUUGCAGAAAUUUUAUUCCAAACUGCCCAAGAUGCUGGGAUCAAUUUUGACACUGUGUGUGGAGUACCUUACACAGCUUUACCAUUGGCUACAGUUAUCUGUUCAACCAACCAAAUUCCAAUGCUUAUUAGAAGGAAAGAAACAAAGGAUUAUGGUACUAAGCAUCUUGUAGAAGGGGCUGUUAAUCCAGGAGAAACCUGUUUGAUCAUUGAAGAUGUCAUUACCAGUGGAUCUAGCAUUUUGGAAACUGUUGAGGUUCUUCAGAAGGAGGGCCUGAAAGUCACUGAUGCCAUAGUGCUGCUGGACAGAGAGCAAGGAGGCAAGGGCAAGCUGCAGGCGCAUGGGAUUCAUCUCCAUUCAGUGUGUACAUUGUCCAAAGUGCUAGAGAUUCUUGAGCAACAGAAGAAAAUUAAUCCUGAGAUGGUUGAGAGAGUGAAGAGAUUUAUUCAGGAGAAUGUUUUUGUGGCAGCUAAUCAGAAGAGUUGUCUCCCUUCUGUCAAGAAAACACCCAAAGAACUCAGCUUUGGUGCACGUGCAGAGCUGCCAAGGAUCCACCCACUUACAUCGAAGCUUCUCAGGCUUAUGCAAAAGAAGGAGACCAAUCUAUGUCUGUCUGCUGAUAUUUCCGAGUCCAGAGAGCUAUUGCAGCUAGCAGAUGCUUUAGGACCCAGCAUCUGCAUGCUCAAGACUCAUGUAGAUAUUUUGAAUGAUUUUACUCUGGAUGUGAUGAAGGAGUUAACAACUCUGGCAGAACGCCACGAGUUCUUAAUAUUUGAAGACCGGAAAUUUGCUGAUAUAGGAAACACAGUAAAAAAGCAGUAUGAAGGUGGUAUCUUUAAAAUAGCUUCCUGGGCAGAUCUAAUAAAUGCUCAUGUAGUGCCAGGCUCAGGAGUUGUGAAGGGCCUGAGAGAAGUAGGCCUGCCUUUGCACCGGGGCUGCCUGCUCAUUGCAGAGAUGAGCUCUGCUGGCUCCCUGGCCACUGGGAACUACACUGAAGCAGCGGUUAGAAUGGCUGAAGAGCUUUCUGAAUUUGUGGUUGGUUUUAUUUCUGGCUCCCGAGUAAGCAUGAAACCAGAAUUUCUUCACUUGACUCCAGGAGUUCAGUUAGAAGCAGGAGGGGAUAAUCUUGGCCAACAGUACAAUAGCCCACAAGAAGUUAUUGGCAAACGAGGUUCUGAUAUCAUCAUUGUAGGCCGGGGAAUAAUAACAUCAGCUAAUCGUCUGGAAGCAGCUGAGAUGUACAGAAAAGCUGCCUGGGAAGCUUAUUUGAGUAGACUUGGUGUUUGAGUGUCUUGGAUACCUUUUUGUGAAGGCCUUGAAGAUACAUGGUUUCCUGAGAUUGAAAUAAUAGGCAGCCUUUAAUACUGCUUGGAUUCUUCCACAGUUCCUGUGUUGGAAUGACUUCUGGUGUUACAGUGGUCUUUAGGAAAUAUUGAAUGACUUGUAAUCACUGCAUUGUUACUAUAAGAAGUUCAUUUUCAAGCU